UUCUUCUCUUUUUCUACUCAUUCUUGGGAGAUUUUUGGGGAUUGCUAGUAAGUAUGUUCAUAUAUAUGUUUUUUUUUUUUUUUUUUUUUUUUUUUUUGUGGUUCUUGCUGAAGAUCAGUUUGUUCUUGUUUCAUUUUCCCCAUGAUAUAUCAGUAAUCAUGCUUUGUUUCUUGUUGGAUACUCAUUUGAUUUCACUCACCUUCACCUGAGUCCAUUGAUUGAUUCAUAAUUGAGGCUUGCAUGGAUUCACUCUGCUCCUAUUAUUUGUACUCUGUUUUUCCAUUUUCCCCUGUUCCUGGUACCCGCCCAUGGUGCAUACCUGUUCUUUCACCCCUGCCUGAGGGAACAAAGAACUACUAAGGUCCGAAUGUAAGGAGACUAAAGCCAGGAUACUAGUGGGAGUGUGAUUAUGUAUGCUCUGUUUUUGGGACCUCUUGUCUCUCUACCCGAUUCUCAAAUCAUUUCUUAGUUUCAUUAUUUCUUGGGGAUACUGUUUGUUUGCUCCUGCUGUUGACUUCGUGGUUAUGGUGGCUCGCGUGUUGGUCAUUGGCUGUCAAAGAUGCUAGUUGGAAUUGCACAGUUUAGGCUCUACUUUAUAAGGUUGGGAGUAUGAAUUUGGUUCUAUCCUCUGAAAAUCAUCUGAGCCAGAGCAAUAUAUGCCCAGCUGAAAAAGGUAUCUAAUGGAUGCUACCACGAGGGCAAACAUUGUGGGGAAUUGAUUUAAUAAGAAUAUGAGCGAGCUUUCAUGUCAGUAUUAGCUUGAAGUCGGAUCAAAAGCUAAGUAUCAUGCGGCCGCCAUGGAUCAUCUGAACCCCGAAGCUUUCUGCCAGUCCGUGUGUCUCCUUCACACGCCCACGACAUCACCUGCGGUUGUAACUGCGCAAGGCAUAGCCAGGAUGGAGAAGCCAUAUUUGAUGUUCUGUUUACGGAUAAGGUCACCAUGGAGGCUUGAACUGCUAUGGCUACAAAGUGAGCAAUAAGUUACUGAGUCCUAGGCAGAGGAGUAAUUGAAUUUGCUCUCGGGAAAAGACGUAUAGAAUAAGACCCAGUUCUUGAUUGUUGUAGCAGCUGUCAUGGCAAGCUCCAGUUAUAUUUCAGAAUAAUUUCAUGGCUCCCGAGAGACUCCUCUUCAAGGUGAAGAAUACCGUCAUCCUGUUAUGAGACCCUUACUGCACAACAAGAAGGUGUAGUGCUGCCAUGCAAGUUCCUUGGGUUUGAGCUCCUCAUUUUCUGGAAGGUGUGAUGUUUGUCGAUGUGGAUGGCCUAACUGUUCACAUUACAUGGUAUUUUGGAUCUGGGCUCUGGGCCCAACUCAACUCGGUGAAGAAACUGAAGCUUUUCUUGGUAACGGGCCUCAUAGCACUUCUAAGCUAGCUGACCUUCGUGAGGAUUUCAUUAAUAAACAUGACCGACGUAGUGGCUGUAGACAACCCAGCUCUGACCCACUUCCAGUACCCACUAAGCCACCUUUUUCACACCCAUCCCCAUACCCGUUUUUUUCUUACUCAUGCAUAUACCCCUAAUCCCAUGCAAGACUGUACCUAUUCAUACCCACACUUCCAUACCAUCUUUCAUCUUUAUGCCCCAUGCCUGCACUCAUCAAACCCAUUCCACAUUAUCACCUUUUCUCCCUCUUCAGACUCUUUCAUACCCAUUUCACCACUCCUUAUUCAUCAUCCAUCAUCCAGCCCUGUUCAUUCAUUCCAUCCUUCAACUUGCCACUAAGCUAUCCACAUUUCAGUCGCCUUUCAUUCCCUGUAUACUCGCCGCCCUUCAAUUAUUCCUCUCAUAUACUCGGCCAACCUCAUCCCCAUAUUUUAGCAUGCCCACAUUGUACCCCUCACCCCAUAUAGCUCAUCUUCGGUUCAUUUCAUCCUUUUCCUAAGUAUAAGGGACCCCACAUAUAGCUGCCGUCACCUCAUUAUCCUUCAUCACCACCUUCACAUAUCCAUUCUCUCUCAUCAACCUUUAUACCCAUUUUCUUUUCUCCCAAUACCCCACUAUAUUCCUGUCCUCCACCUCUCAUGAACCUGGACGUGUUUAGCUCAUUCAUUCAGUCACUAAGUCCCACGUCCAAAGCUUUGCUAGAUAAGUUCUCUAAAAUUGAUCGUGAUGCUGGAAUUGGAAUGAUGAACUAUAGGUCAGAACUGGACUUCAGUGGGAACGUUAGAGAAACAAUUUCAUUGUCCAAAAAUGCGCCUCCUGGUCCACCUCCAUUGCGUUCAAUAUGUCAACACAAGGCUCCUGUAUUUGGAAAGCCCCCAAGGUGGUUCAGCUAUGUUGAGCUGGAGCUUGCUACUGGUGGAUUUUUACAAGCUAAUUUCUUGGCAGAAGGCGGGUUUGGAUCUGUCCACAGAGGGGUCCUACCUGAUGGCCAAGCAGUUGCUGUGAAGCAAUACAAAUUGGGUAGUUCUCCGGGUGAUGUUGAAUUUUGCUCAGAAGUGGAAGUCCUGAGCUGUGCUCAGCACCGAAAAGUUGUUAUGCUGAUUGGGUACUGUAUAGAAGACAGAAGAAGGUUGCUAGUUUAUGAAUAUAGAUGCAAUAGCUCACUGGAUUCUCAUCUAUAUGGACGCCAUCGAGAUCCACUAGAAUGGUCUACUGGAGAAAAAGUUGCUGUUGGAGCUGCUCGAGGUCUGCGUUACCUUCAUGAAGAAUGCAGAGUGGGUUGCAUUGUCCACCGUGACAUGCGACCCAACAACAUCCUCAUCACCCAUGAUUUUGAGCAACUGGUUGGGGAUUUUGGCUUAGCUAGGUGGCAGCCUGAUGGAGACACGGGUGUGGAAACAAGAGUAAUUGGAACAUUUGGGUAUUUGGCUCCAGAAUAUGCUCAAAGUGGCCAAAUCACAGAAAACGCUGAUGUAUAUUCUUUUGGGGUUGUCUUGGUGGAGCUUGUCAUAGCAUGGUUCAAAGUCGCGGUAUCGGUCAUUGACUCGGAGGGUCACGAGGCAUAUCGGUAUCGGUGUCUCGGUUCGGUAUCGGGCGAUACGUAA